CUCUAUAUAUUGAGGGUGUUCCUCCUUUAAUGAAUGGACUUAGAGUUGAGAGAAGUGCUAGGGAUGGAAUUCAAUUUUUUGAGCCUGAAGGGCCUAUUAUUUUGGCAAAUUCAACAGUUACAUUAAAUAGAGGACAUGGAAUUGUUAUAAUUGAUACAUUGGAUGGGAGAGUUUUUGUUAAUCAAACAAAAAUAGAUGGAAAUCAUGGAGAUGGUAUUUGGUAUAGGCAGCGACAUGUUGCUCUUUCUACUUCUGAACAUUUUCUGGGGAUUGGAAUUGGUAGUAGAGCGAAAGAUUUGGAGAGAGGGGGUUCUUCUUCAAAUACUCCACAUUUAAAUCAAGGGAGAAAGUAUUUUUCAUUUCGUGAAAAGCCCCGAUUGGAAAUGUGCUCAGGAAUUCAUCAAUUGCCCAAGGAUUUAUUCUUUCCACACCUUAUACUUACCCAUUUACAAAAUGGUACUUCAGUGCCUGAUAGAAGUUUACAGCCAAAAAUAUGUUGGUUAAAUGUAGCUUUACCUGAUAGAUUACCUUAUGCUUAUACAAUUCAAUUUUUGGAUGUAAUAAAUCGCCAUUCAUUUAAUUCUGAUGCUCAAACAAUUUUUGUUGUUUGUGAUGGAAAUUCAACAUUUCCCAUGCUUUGCCAAUUUGAACGUUACCGCCUUCCUUUGUUAAAUGGAAUUUUGCCUCAAAGUAUUUCAUUAAAUAGUAAUGGAAAUCCAAUGCUAAUUGGUAUUGAAUAUAUACCUCAACAACAAGAAUAUAUUAAUAAAGAUGGAAUUUCUAUAACAUCGCCAAAUGUUGUUGCUGCCGAUGUUGAAAUUUUAUUUCGGAUACAUGCUACAGUUAAUUUAAAAGCAUUUUACGGGUUAAAUAUUACAAACAGUUUUGUAAGAAAUAAUACUGGAAAUGGGAUUCAAGCUUUAGCUAUUCAUGAUAGACUAGCUUUACAUAACGUUAGUGUUGAUGGAAAUCAAGGAAUUGCGGGUUUAUUAAUUAGGGAUGGAGCUGCUGAUAUUUGGAUUAAUGAUACUUCUUUUAGCUGGAAUUGGGGUGAUGGAGUUAAUAUUUCUUUUGCUGGAGGGGCAAUAAAUGUCAAUGCUUCUAGAAUUGUUGGGAAUAAAUGGAGAGGUUUUGCCUUCCAUCACAAUAGUUCUAGCCCAUUUUGGCCCUUACAUCAAGAAAUUGUUUUUAAAGGACGGCCAAUUAAUAAUAUUUUUUAUCCAAAAAUGACAAUUUCUGAAAAUGCUUGGGGAGGGCUUCUUGUUGGCAAUUUUUGUGGGCCUUCAUUAAAAUACAAAAAUUGGGAUAUUUCAAAAAUUGAACCAAAUAUUCUUAUUAGUUGGACAGAAUUUAAUGUAAAUAAUUAUCAUCCACAUAUUGAAAUAUUUUCUUGUCAAAAAGAAGAAAAUAAAUUAAUGCGUAAUUCAAUUUAUGGAGGUACAGGAAUGGGAUUUAGAAUGGAACCUUGUGUGAAUACUCAACUUGUAUUAAAUAGUAAUCGUUUUUAUGGAAUAUUAAAUACGGCAUUACUUAUUAGAAAUGCAAAACACCCUCAAUUACAAAGGCUGCCUGCAAAGGUAAUAAUCUCAAAAAAUGACAUAAAAAGAAAUAUUGGACAAUAUAUUGUUUCUAUUGGAUUAAAUGAAGAUGCCGAAGAUCAAACUCUUUUAUUUAAUCAACAAAAUGAAGUUCGAGAGAAUACAGUUAUUAAUCCCUUUCCGUUUUUAAAACCUCGUUCAACGCCAUAUGCUGCUUUAAUUGUUUCUUCUAGUAAUGUGGUUAUUAGACAUAAUUGUUUUGGAAAUCCUAAUGCAGAUUUUGAAGUAAAAAAUAAUAUUUAA